CAAUGGCGGCAGAAUCGAGAAAAGCUGGACGUUGACAGAACAUUUCUUUGAAUUCCGUUCACUUUACACUGUAUAUCGAUGUAAACCUUCUGGAAAUUAUCGUGUAACUCAGGGUUUUCAGAGUAAAACUCAAAAAUGGAGUCCGAAGAGGUUGAAUUUUUGAAAGAUCAAGUUCAAAGGCUGAGUGCAUCUUUGUCAAAAUAUGUAUCUGGUACAUUGGAUGAUGCCCCUCUAGAGGGGCCACUUGCACAGGAGGGACCUACAGCACCAUGGCUGACUAAUCACAAUGUAUUAUCUCCCCUGAUUGCUGAAUACGACCAGCAGCUGAAUCAGUUACAACAGGAAGUGGAUCUCUAUAGAGAAGAAAUAGGUAACUUGAGGCCAGAAUUGGACAGAAUUGUAAGUGAAAACAACCUGCUGUCAGCUCAGCUGAAGGAGAAACUGGACAACCACCUGGCUGGUGUAUCUGUUGAUACAGAGGGCAGUGACUACAGUCCUACAACAGAAAAUGAGCAAGUCCUGCACAAUCUACAGACACAGGCUGACAGUGCCUUACAGGAAAAAGAAGCCGCAAUAUCUCGAUGGCAGGAGGCUGAUCAUGAAAUUGACAGACUGCAAAGGCAGCUUCAGAGCGAGAAAGACAGUCACCAGUGGAAGGUGGUGGAACAGCAGGCACACAAGAUGCAGACAGAGUAUUAUGAAACUGUGGGUGUCCUCAACAAGGAGCUGGAGGACACUCAACAAGAUUUGAGGUUAACUAAACAGGAAUUAGAAGCAACACUGAUGCAGAAUAAAGAUCUGAAGAAAAGCAACAAAGACCUGGAACAACAGCUUCAAUGGAAGGACCAGGAGAUAGCCGACAUUCUUUUUAAGGAGGGUGUAUCAGACAGCAGAGUUGGAGAUAUGAAGAGAAUUUUAGACAACCUGCAACAAAAAUUGACAAGUGUCACAAAAGAAUUAGAUUCUCUGAAGAUGGACAAAGAGGGUUUGGAGGCUAGAGUUAAGGAAAUGCAGAAAAGGAAUGGGGAGCUGGAGGCAAAGGAAGUAGACGCAGUCACACAAGUUAGGGAUGCUGUACAGAUGGUGGAAAACGCUGUCUUGGAAAAGGAACAGGCGGAGGUAGAAGUGAAACAAAGAGAGGAAGAGAUAGAGAAACUCCAAGACUCUAUCAACAAACUUAUCAAUGAAGCUGGGAUUCGAACUCGACAAGAGGUUGAUCACAUCAGACAACAGAGUAAUGAGAGGAUUUCAAAACUUACAGAAGAACUUCACAGUCUGGAGAUGGAAAGUGCUGAGAAAUCUGAGAUGUUACAGAGAGCCAUCAGGGAGAAACGUAUGGUUGAAGUUGAACUGGAGAAGUCUUUUAAAGACUCCAUGACACAGGCAGCAAAGGAGAAGGAUGCUUUUGAGGACCUGAACCGACGGGCAGUAAAUGCAGAGAGAAGUCGAGAUGACAACGAUGUCAAGCUGGACACAUUACAGAAUGAACUACGCCGCCAAGAGAUGAACAAUGAACAGCUGAAGAGUCAAUAUGAGACUCAGUUUAUACAGAUGACAGACAGAAUGAAGCAGAUGGAGAAUGAAUUUGAACAUCUUAAUGAUGACCGAGUACGCCUUCAGAAUGAAGCAGAUGAAAUGAAGAAAUCAGUAUCUUCUGCUAAUAAGGAGAAGGAGUUUGCACUACGUAAAUACCAGAAGGAAAUGACAAUUCUGGAGAAUGAGCAACAGCAGAAGAUGCAGGAUUAUGAAGUCCGACUACAGAGUUCAGAGGAUGCCAAUCGUCAUGCUAUGGGGGAGCUUAGAAAACUGUUAACAGGCCAACAGAGAAUGUCAGCCAAAUGGAAAGAAGAAUGUGAAACAAUAACGAAAAAGUUUGAAGUGAAAAUAAAUGACACGAGAACAGAGAUGAGUCAUGUUCGUAGACGUAAUGACGAAUUAACAACUUUACUGCGGGACAGCCAAGCAAAAACUAUGGAGGCAGAGAAGAUGAUAACAGACUAUGCUCGAAAUAUCUAUCGUAUGGAGGAGAGAGUUCGGGAAUCGGAAACACGGGCUUCAGAGGCUACGAAACAGUUGUCCCGACAAUCUGUGAGACAGAGACAGAUACAGAGUGAGCGGAGAAGUCUGAUGAACGAGUUACAGAGAAGUACAGCAGGAUCGCCGAACAGGUCAGCGAGAUUUGGUGACUCUAUGGUGAUAGCAGAACUUUCCACUGGUCAUAGAACUUUAGACAAUUCAGCAUUACACGAGUCAAAAUUCAAAGGUGAACAGGAAGAUGCUUUGUCUGACCGAUGACGAAGGCUAGCUUACACAACCUAAUGUGCCUCUGGUACCGAUGUUCUCAUUGAUGGUACUGUCAUUGCGACACUGUAUAUCAGGAAACAGCCAGCGAGCACUAACUUGUGUAUGACCUCAAUACUGCUGCCGAUACACAGAGUGUCCUGAAUAGAUUCAAACAAGUCAGGGAAAAGACAGUUACCGGAAUUCACAUUAGUCAAGGAUCAUAAGGUGCGAUGUUUGUGUGCCAGAUUCCGUCCACUAAGCUCUCCAUGAAGGAGACAUGUAAUUUCACCAUUCCGAUCCGUUGGGUUGCUUAAUUAUAAUAUAAGUUUACCUCGUGGAAGUUGAAAACUUAAAGGAUAUCAUUGUAAAUUGAUUUUAAUGUAACUUAACGGAAGAUGGCUCUAGAUUACGCAACAGCAACAGACUUUUGUUAUUGUCUGUUUUGUCUUGAGAAUAGAAUGUCAAUAAUAUGUCAGCAACACACGUGUCAACAGGGUGGACACUGAGAUUAAUUACAAUCGAUGUUUGAGGCAGAGGCUGUUAGAGAGCUUUAGUGAAAAAAUAUUUGCAGUUAUCCAUGAAGAAAAAUAAAUUGUAAAAGGUUUAACUAGGGUUCCUCUUGAGAAUGUGGUACCUGUACCGGAUAGGUCUCUCCGUCCGCAUGUCAAUAUAUUUCAUUCAAUAUCUACUCAACUACAUUGUAUGUCAAAACACUUGUCAUUGUAUUGUUGGUUUUGUAAAAGUUGGCUUCUCAGUUCCCAACUGUUUCCAGAAAUUAUCUCCAAAUGCAAGUUACAAAAAUCAGAAGUUUAACAAUGUGAUAAUGUUUCAUAUAUAUACAUGUAAAUGUAUAAAAAAAUCAAUAUAACAAUUUAAGUCAAGGUCAAGCUAAUUUUGUUUAAAAAAGAGCCUAGAAAUCUCAGAUAUACUCUGAUCAUAGUCAUGUAUAAUUGCUAUAUGUAUUACAAUGUAGAUUACAGUGGGACCAUUGAAAACCAGGUGGUGCUGUCUGAACUCAUUUAAAAGAUAUUUCUUUUUCAUUCUGCAAACCUUAUAAAUUAACUUUGAAAUGCUCCCCUGUUAUCAGAUGUAUGUGAUGCACAUAAUUAAAUUGAUAUAAGUUACUCUUCCUAUGCCUUCUGACUAUCGUUACUACAGAAUUGUAUUCAAAGUCAAUGCCCACUAUGUGUUAAAACUCUUUAGCCAAUAUACAGGAUAUACAUACGAAAUGUAUCAAUCUUAUUAUACUUGUACAUUUACUUUGCAAAUCAAAAAUUUGAAAUGCAUUUAACUUAUUUUUGUAUACUGGAUGCAAGAUGUUGUUAUGAUGCCAUUAAAGGCUUGUUCGUCAGAAAUGGUAAAUUGAUGGUCGUAUGACCCUUUUAUGUCAGAAAUGGUAAAUUGAUGGUCGUAUGACCCUUUUAUGUCAGAAAUGGUAAAUUGAUGGUCGUAUGAACAUUUUAACUUCUAUAUUUAUAAAAAAAAACCUAUAUUAAUAAAUUAAGUAUAACAGAAA